AUGCAGGACAGGCCGACCCGAAGUAAAACUGGAAAGCCGCAGACUCCGCAGCAUAGGCCCCCUAACUCCUACACGAAUGCCAUAGCCAAGGAGGGAGACACACUUCUCUCGAUGCUGCGCGGCCCACAGCGCACGCAGAGCGUGGCCGCCGGCUACGCGGUCGCUCCGGAUGCCAACCCAGCUCUGCACCGGGGUCUUCCACCUCCCCUACUUCAGGAGCUGAGGCUGCGGGGAGUGCCAGAGGCUUCUGCUGCUGCUUCUUCGUCGGCGCAAGAGGCCAAAGAGGCAGCCAAUGCGUCGGAUGCUAGCAAGCCGACUGAAAAGGCGCCGGAGCAGGAGGGUGUCAACACCGAAUCGGAUGAGGGCAAAGAGGAGAAGGAGGCGAAGGACACGGAGGAGCAAGCGGUGAGCCGAGCCGUGGAAGUGGAUCAGGAUCAGGAAGGAGACUUAGUAGCUGAGUGA